UUUCUGCUGCUAAACAUCGAGUUGAAAAACCAGAAUAUAAAACAAAUUUUUAUGUUGAUAGUCAAAAAUUGGUUUGCGAAGUUUGUCAACAUGUUGUAAACUAUACAAGAAAAUUAACAGUAGACAAUCAUCUAAAAUCUGAUAAAUAUAAAAAUAAUAUUAUCAAAGCUAAAAAAUUAAGAUUAACUCACCAAACAACUUUUGAUACAGCGAGUAUCAAAUUAAAUGACCAUGAGCUUAUUAAUAUUGCUUUAGUAAAUGCAUUUACUAAAACUGAUAUUCCAUUACAUAAAGUUGAUAAGCUUAAAAGUUUUUUUGCGAUUGUAAAUUCAAAUCAACUUCAUAUUAAAUAUUUACUAAAAGUAUUUGAUACUGAGGUUUCAAAAUUACAAAACCUUUUAAAAGAAAAGCAAAUUUCUAUUAUUGUUGAUGAGACUACGGAUGCAUGCAAUAGAGCUAUU